AUGCAGUGCCUAUGGAAGGAUUGUGGACAAACGUGUGAGAAUAUGCAGAAGCUGAUCACGCAUAUCAGUGACAACCAUGUUGGCAGUGGCAAGCCUACCUAUCGUUGCGAAUGGCAGGGUUGUGCACGUAAUCAGAAACCCUUUACAAAGCGGCAUAAAAUGUAUAACCAUUUGCGGACGCAUACAGGCGAACGGCCCUUUUUUUGUCGAAAACCAGGUUGUGGCAAGCGAUUCUCAAGACCGGACUCACUGACUACGCAUAUCAAAACGCAUUCCAACGUGAGACCGUUCAUUUGUCCCGUCAAGGGAUGUCAAAAGGCCUACUAUCAUUCACGGUCACUCAAGAAGCAUGAAAAAACGCAUGAAGUUCCUACA